UUAAAGAGCUAAACCUAAAGUAAAGUGUCCUGCAAAAUACUCUCAACAAAAAGGCUCCAACCCACACGCCGACGCCCCAUCCCGCCCCGGUCUCUUUGCUGUGCGUCCCUUGCCGCUGCUCCUUUUUCCCAGCUGCUGCUCCUUCUCCACCGCCGCUGCUCCUGUCUUGCCGCUGCUGUGACUUCUCCAUCGGUUCCUCGCAGAAGGAAUAUUAGUGUGUCUUAUUAAAUGUUGAAAGGGAGGAAAGUUUCUGGAAGAGGUGAAACUGUUGGAGCAAAUUAUGCUUUUGGUCCGCUUGAAGAUGACAUAAUCAUAAAGCAUAGGCUUCUCACCCGCACCACCACCACAAGGGGCGAACCCCCAUUAAAGAAGCUUCAGAAGAAGUUCACCUCAUUUGUUGUUGAGAUUGAGAAAGAUGAGGAUAAUUAUAAUGACUGUUUAAGGCUUUCCAAAGCCUUCUUGCAGGAGCUUUCUACCUUUGAGAUUCCACUCCUCAAGAGCAAAGCUGUUAUUGAUUCAAACCGAAGAGAGAAGGAGAAUUUUAAUGAGUUGAUGGUCGAGAUAAAUAGUCAGAUUUCACAUGCUCAAUCUGAUAUUGAAGAUUUAAAGAAGCAGCUUGAGGCGAGUAAAAUUGAAAGGCAGCACAAAGAGGAGUGUGAGGCAAUCAGAAAAUUGAUUGCUUUACAGCCACCAAGAGCAGAGACACAGAAGAUUAUACAAGACUUAGAGAAAGAGAUUGCAGCAUUGGAGGCUGAGAACACAGCUGGUUCAAGGUUGCUGGAGCUUCGUAAAAAACAGUUUGCUCUUUUGUUGCAUGUGGUUGAUGAGUUGCAAAACAAUAUAGAAGAGGAUCAGAAGAAUUUGAUGGAGGAGAUGAGAAUGGCAACAGAAGAACAGAAAAAUGGGAUGGAUGAUGCCAGUGGUGGCUCAGAAGCCAUGGCUGUUGAUUAACGACAUAUCUAUCCAUCUUGAAGUUGGAGAGUUGUGUUGUUUUUAAAUACCUUGAGAGGCAUAAAUUACCAUUGCAGGUCCAAAAUGAGAACUGUAGUUGCAUGUAAAUGUUGUCCCCUACUGUUGUUAUAUAUUAGCAACAAUUCGGAGCUGAAAAUGUUCUGUAGCUGUUCCCGCAUUUCCCAUAUCAGGUUGUUGGAAUUAUGGAAACUUUGGUAAAAAUAUGUAAGCCCUCCAGCUCAUCACAAAUUUUCCAGGGUUUUCCUUUGAUUA